UUAGUUUCUUACUGACAUUUGGUCCAAACACUCCGCGACGAAACAUUUCUGUCUGACCGGUGCGAUUCGACAACAAUGUUAGAUUUGUGAUAUUGUUAUUAUUUAUUUAUUUACUUAGUACAUCUAUCGCUGUUUUUUUGGAACGGUAUGUUUGUUUGUUGCUGGUGAUACAUUUUCGUGCGGAAACCACCAUGACGGUGGUCGUACAGCGGCGACAACAACAACAACAGCAGCAACACAGACGACAUCAGACUUUUUGAAGCGAAUCGGAAAAAAAAAUCCCCUAGUCAGAGGGGGGAAAUUUAAUUUUGUUAGACCCAAGAGAGAGCACGCAAUGAAAAAUGUGAAAAAAGUUUAUACAUGCUAUCUUCCUGAAUUAAAAAUCACUGAAAUUAAGAAACCACAAAGUGAAUAACCAGAAAAAAAAAUUGCCAACCAACACCAGCCAGUUUUAUACGACGAAACAUAGACGACUCGACUCCUUCAAUCGAUAUGUGAAAUUCCAAAAGCAAAAGGUGUUUUCCCCAAAACGAAAAAGACGAAGAAGCUAACGGUCUGUCGCAGAAAACCCUUAAAUAAAAACCCUCAUUAAUUUUUUUAAAACACAGAAUUUUUAAGAGAACUAACACAAAUCUACAAUUUUUUAUUAAUUAAAAAAGAAAAACCACAAACGAAAAGCCCCACAAUUUAAAAGAAAAGAAACUCGCCCAGAAAAAAAACAGCAGCAACAAAAACAACAAAUUUUCUAACUUUUUAUACCAUUCUACAUUCAUACUAUGUAUGUACACACAUACAUACUCUUAUGUACAUGCAAAGGAAAAAAUCAAAAUUUAUAUCAACUAAGCAAGCACAACCACCAACCACAGCCACAUAAAGAAGACGACGAAGGCAAGCGCAGCAAUUUUGAAGUUACAUAAAAAUAAAGGAGCGAACAACAAUAACAGCAACACCAAGAACAACAAGCACAACAGCAACAACAACAACACCAAGAAACAACUACGAAGAAACAAGCGAACAAAAGUCGUGAAGCACAUUUCCUUCCUUGGUCCUUUCUUUGUGCUGGAAUCCUUAUUUUUAAACCAAGAACCCAUUCAUCAUCCAUCGUCGUUCCACCAUCACCAUCAUUAUUGUAACAAGGAGAAAAAGGUUAUUUCAUCAUCAAAUAAGUAAUUUUUAACGUAUCUAUCAAAAACUAUGGCCUGCGUAUGCGAAAUGAUAGGGCUUGCCUGUUUAGUGGCGCUCUUUAUGAGUUUCUCCAACAAAGCACCAUAUCAAUUGAAGAUGACCAUAUUUCUGAUUGGUAAUGGAAUCAUCGUACUUAUCUGUCUACCAUUUAUGUUCUUUAGACCGAGAGAUUACAGAAAUGCCCUCGGUCCGGCCUGGGGUUGCCGGCAACUGUGCAAGGCCUUGGGUGUAACCAUGGAAGUACGAGGCUUGGAAAAUAUACGCAAAGACCAUGGUAGUGUGGUUUUGAUGAAUCAUCAGAGUUCUUUGGACCUAUGCGUUCUCGCCUAUCUCUGGCCCGUCAUAGGCCGUGCCACCGUCGUAUCCAAAAGGGAAAUUUUAUAUUUACCAUUUUUCGGAUUCGGCUCAUGGCUAUGGGGCACACUAUUUAUUAACAGAUCUCGCAAAACGGAUUCCAUAAACGCCUUACAAAAGGAAUCGAAAGCUAUCAACGAAAGAAAUUGCAAACUAUUGCUCUUCCCCGAGGGAACACGUAAUUCUAAGGACACCUUGCUGCCUUUCAAAAAAGGAUCCUUCCACAUUGCCCUCCAAAGUCAAUGUCCAAUCCAGCCAGUGGUUAUCUCCAAAUAUUGGUUCUUAGAUGGCGAAAAUAAAAUCUUCCGACCUGGCCAUGCCAUCAUUAAUAUCCUGCCCGAGAUCCAAACGGCUGGAUCCAAGAAAGAAGAUAUGGAUGCGAUUAUUGAGAAAACACGCAACAUCAUGCAAUCAGAGUAUACAAAACUUAGCCAAGAAGCCAAGGCACUAAAUCCCAAAAAGCAUGUCUAGUUUCACGGCAUGCCAAAUGAACACCGAACAACCGCAUAAAAGAGCUCUAGUUGUAUCUCAGGUAUUGCACGAUAUUCCUACUCUAAACAAACAAACAAACAAACAAAAUGAAAAUCAGCUAAAAACGAAGACGAUGACGAAAAUGGCGAUGAACACAAACAAUUUCGUAUUUACAAGCAAGUACUUCAAAUACUGCUACAGCAUACAACCAACCACAUUAGAUUUAAAAUAUCAUUUUUUUCUUUCGGACUUUAUUCCUAACGCUUGAAGAUCGAAAUGAGAAGACAACUGAAACCAACUUCUUGUGUGUAGAAAGAUUAUUUUAUUGUUUUUAAGUUAUUAUUAUUAUUAUUAUUACUUAGGUAUUGUAUUUUCUAAAUGUAUGAAAUAUACAUAAUCCAUACAUAGUAAAUUUAACAAAUUGUAUUAUAAUAAAUGCGUUAAAAAAACAAAGGCAAACAUGAAAUUCAAAUAAAACAAACAUGGUUAAAAACUUGA